AUGACCAAGGGCCCUCGGAAAGUUAAGCUAGUCAUUGUAGUCAACAAUAAGAAAGACCCUCCCACAUUCAAGACCCUGACGCCGACGUCACGUACACAGCUCAAGCAACAGUUGAUGCGAGAGCAUGCACAGGAGCAACUGCGAAGAGAAUCUUUACAAGCACAACAGGCAGGCCAGUCCAAAGAUAAUGAGGACAAGAAGAAGUCAUCUCCGGCGGAGGUGCCGAGGAUCACGCCUCACGUCGAACUACCUCCACAAGUAUUACAGGUGCGAACAGUUCUGGAGAACCCCACCAGGUAUCACGUGAUACAGAAACAGAAGAGUCAAGUGCGUCAGUACCUCAGUGAAUCAUUUCAACCACAAGCACAGGUGUCAGGUCGAGGAGCGCCCGUGCAGUCAGCGCCGGAGCUGAGCACGCGGCGCGCGUCGUCGCCGGAGCGACCGUCCUCCAGCCUACGGUCACCAACUUUACCCUCUGCCAGUAAUAACUCAGAGGCUGAUGAGUUCCUAGAAGAUAUCCUAUCCCUGGACAGCGGCGCGGGCCCGCUGUCGUCGUCGGGCCCGCCGUCGGCCGCGAGCUCGGUGGCGGGCGACUGCGCGCUGCUCUCCGACGCGGACAUGCACGCGCUCGCCAAAGACCGACAGAAGAAAGACAAUCACAAUAUGAUUGAAAGACGUCGCCGCUUCAACAUAAACGACCGCAUCAAAGAAUUAGGGACCUUAUUACCUAAGACGAACGAUCCAUUUUACGAGGUCAUACGAGACGUGAGACCCAACAAGGGUACUAUUCUGAAGAGUAGCGUAGAUUAUAUCAAGUGCCUGAGGGAUGAGGUCAACAGGCUCAAACAUAGCGAGCAGAGGAGAAAACAGAUUGAAAUACAUAAUAGGAAGCUCAUGUUAAGGAUACAGGAGCUAGAGCGGCUGGCGCGAGUGCACGGGCUGCCCAUAUCUCACGGCGAGAGCGGCUGGUCCCCGCCGCACACGGACGACUCGGGCGUGGACUGCGCCGAGCCCGCCUCCCCCGCGCCCCCCGCACCGCCCGCCCCCGCGCCGCCGCCCGCGCACCUCACAUCCACUCCUGCGCCGGAACUGGUGCUUCCGAAGACCGAACCCACAGCUCUAAUGGAGUUCGGUGAGCAACCCCCCGACCUCCUGCGCGAUAUGCCUUCAACAGAAUGUCUCUCAGCGCUGGAUGCUCUUGACGGUCUGAAACUAGGUUCGUGUUCGCCGCUGUCGCGGGACGACGGCCUGUCCCUGGGCUGCCUCGAGCCCGACCUGUGCCUCGAGCCCGUCACCGACCAUCUCUUCAACCAUAAAGAUAUUAAGAUGCGGUUGUCUCCGAGCCCGGGGCUGCUGGGCGGGGAGGACAGCGAGGCCGUCCUCAACCUCGCGCAGAUAGAAGACCUCAUGGACGACGACUCGCACAACCCCGUCACACAAGGGGACCCGAUGCUAUGCUCGUCGCCCACGUCGCAGCUGUGCCUCAGCGCCGUGGUGGCGGAGGCGGCGGACAGGAACAUCUCCUCCAUGCUGCACGACGACUCCGCCUCCUUCCCACACGCCACAGGCUCGUCGUCCCUGAUGUCUGAAGCGGGCCUGCUGUCCCUGGCGGAGGGCUGCCUGCCGAGCCUGCUGCUGGGCGGGCCGCACCACCACGCCCCACACUCGCCCCACUCGCACCCGCGCCAGCACUGCUUCGACAUGGACCUGGGCGCGUAG